AUGUCGUCGAAGAACACCUCGAAGAGCAAGACGGGGUUCUUCGAUGUGAGGGCGAAGCCCUCCGGCAACUUCAGACUGGUGUUCAGCGACGUCGGCCGCCUCUUUUGGCUCGGCACCUACCCCACCUUCCACGAGGCCGUGCGUGCCUAUGAAGUGGUGGUGUGGCUUGCCGGGAGGCCGAGGAUGGACCUUAACUUCUUGGAGAUCGAGACGCGGGCGGAUGCGGAGUUGCUCGUGCCAGGGGGCAUUCGUAUGGAGGAGAUCAUGACAAAAAAGACGAAGAAGAUGAAGAAGAGACCCACCAUUGUUGUUAGUCUUGGCAAUAGCGACGAGGCGGUGAUGGCAAGGUUCAUGUGGGAGCAUCCAAAGUAUGUGCAGGCCGAGCAGGAGUACCUUUGGAAGCGCAAUGUCGAGCAGAAGAAGAAGGAGGACGAGGCCGGCCCCUCGACGGCGAUCCCCAUUGUUUCUUACUCGUCAGACUGGGGUGAGUCGAUGGAGGUGGACGAGGGGUGCGACUACCCUAGCAAGGAUGAGUUCUGGGAGCAGUUCAAGAGCUCCGACGAGGAGUAG